AUGGCGGCCGCUUCUUCGAAGACGAGAGUCGUAUUGCUAAGUUGCGGAUCUUUCAAUCCCAUCACUUUUCUUCACCUCAGAAUGUUUGGUAAUGAUAUAGUGAAGAAUCAAUAUUCUUUGUAUGUGUCUUCGCCAUUUUGGUCUGUUUCCGAUGUCAAUAUUUUGCUUUCACAAUUGUUUGUUGAUCUGACAGAAUUAGCGAGAGAUGCACUUCACACAACAGGGAUUUACUCAGUUAUCAGGGGAUUUAUAUCUCCAGUAAAUGAUGGAUACAAAAAGAAGGUUGGUGAAUUUUAGAUCUUUUACAAUUUCAGUCAGGCUAGGUUUACCUGAACUUAACCUACCCACCCAUUAUUUGCAUGUAAGCCGAUAAAAAUUUGAUUUUCAAUUGCUUCCGUUCUAUUUGUAAAUAUUUGCUCGAAAUGCCUUUGAUUACAGCCUGUUUCCGCCACCAUUUAACUUUCAUGCAUAACUCAAAGUGUUUGUUUCGACGUCUACUUCUUGCUCUUGUUUGGAGAAAAAAAUCGAGGUAAAAAAAAUAAACCCGGCUUUAGUGUUCUUACGAGAACGUGUGUGUCGAUGGGGGUGGAGUGGUGGAGGUGAGGCCGAGGUUACAAACUCUUCGAAAUUUUUCACAUCUGGCCCUUCUCCUUACCGCAAAUUUUUAUAUUAAAUGAGAACCAAAACUUGUGUUUUCUAAGAACAAACAUCCCAUACAGUAUAGUUACAGUGUAACUGGUGUUAUAAAUUUCUUUCACCUCACUAUGUAAUACGUAGUAGGGUUUCCCCACUCUCCCCACCCUAAAGAAAUUAAUGAUGGCAACCGUAUGUAAAGAGCAGUUUCCAAAUACAAAACAGUGCCAAGUGACUGCUGGUUUAACUCAUAUUUGGAGAUAUGUAUGUAAUCAAAGAAAAACAAGGUUUCAUUUUCCUUUACAGUUAAAAAAACAACACAAACAACCUUUACCAUAUACAAUUUCUUUUUCUUGCAAAUAGAAAAAAAAAUCACCCAUCUGUGCUUUUAUGGAGAAGAAAUCACAGUCCUGUUACGAUUAUCCAGUCUAGAGGUGUAAUUUCCAAUGAUAAAUUUUAGGGUCUCCAUAUGGGUAUUAACCUACAGAACUGAUCUAUUUUGUUGCGCAUUUUCCAUCAAAUUGUUGGUUUUCUCUGGCAAAAUUGUUGAAUAUGAACAAUUUUUUGUGUAGUAACACUACUAGCAAGCUCUGUGCAAUCACAACAAUAACAGAAACUAGAAAAUAAAUAAGCAAAGCAAACAUUCUGAACAUGCAGCACAUUAAUUAUUUUUUUGGCAGUUUUCUUUGCUGUUAUUGUAAGACUAUUACUUUCAAAGGUGAUUGAAAGCAGAAAAUUAAUGGUGAUGCUUCAAUCUUUAAGAUCAUCGCUUCAUCAAUGACAAUUGUCACAACUUCAGUUUCAUCGGAAAUACCCACAUGUAUACAGAGGCUACGUUUUAUGUACUGGAAUUACAGGGGAGAUAAAGUAAUAUGAAUUAAUGCAUGCUUGUUACAUGUAUGUAGGACCUUAUCAAAUCGGAGCAUAGAGUACAAAUGUGCGAGCUGGGAGUUGGAACAUCUGACUGGAUCAGGUAAAAACGACACUGUUGUAAAUGUACUUAUGAUUCAAACCUUUAAGGGAAAUAAGACAGGGGUUUGAGUUAUUAGGAAUUGUAGUUAUCGGGGAUAGCAACAAAUUAAUAAUGUGCACAUAUUUGACUCCAGGGGCUGUCAUUUCUCAAAAAGGUCCGGUAACUUUUUUGGCCCAAAGGCAAAUUUUGAAAUCAAGAACUGUUGAAUAGCAGCACAGUUCCUAAGCUCACAAACCCGAGUCAAUUUUGCUUCGUCAAUAAUGAUAACCUCAUUUGUCUACCCAAAAACAUUUAUUAAAAGAACUUUAACUGGUCAUGUUCGAGAAAUAAGGUUGCCAAUGAGGGAUAGCUGUCAACAAAAAAUAGUAGGGCUCCAAAUCUUCUCAACAGAAUCUUUGAAUUUUGGUGAGAGUUGAGUUGACAGAGUUUUUUGCAAUACAAACAAAAUUUUGCUUAGUGCGAACACUGGGCCUUUGAUAUUGAAUGCAAACACAGCAACUUAACAUAAAACAGCUUUCCGGCCCCAUAAAGUUAGCGGGAGUUUGAGAAAUUGGCCCCUGCUUAAACAACAUAUUUAUCAAAAUAUUUCCAAUGAAGAAUCAGCAAAAAACAAAUAAUUUGUUAUUGAAAGAGAAUAAUUUAAAAACUGUUGCAAAGCAUCCUGUGUGACAGGAAUUCAAAGGGGAAAGGGAGAAAUGAGGGCAGCUUCAGGUGCUUGGGUGUCUGAAUUUCUGCUUCCCCUUCUGGCAGUACUUGCCCCUCAGGCCAAACAGAGAGGAUACAAGGCAAACUAUUAAUGGAUCCAGAGUGUACAUUCUAUUUUUAUCCUAGGUGUACACAUUUUAAGCCUGGUUUCCAUAUGUUUGCUACAAUGGCUGUGAUCACUGUAGAAAACAUUCAGUGAUAGAAGCGAUCAUAUGGAAACCACACUCUCCAGUGAUUGCAGCGAUCACAGUGAUAACAAUCCCUGAGAUAGAAAAAAGUUAUAUCUCAGUGAUCAUUGUUGCUGUGAUCGCUAUGAUCACUGGGGAGUGGUUUCCAUAUGAUUGCUUAAUCUGUCACUGAACUUUUUUUUAAAGCAAUCACAGCAAUUGCAGCAGUCAUAGCGAUCAUAUGAAAACCAGGCUUUACUGGUGAAAAUUAGUUACAUAAUUUCAUCUGGAUGAUUCAUUCCCUGCCUUGGCUAUGUAAAAGGCACAUCAAAGUUGAGUUUUUCUGUUCCUUUUGUGACAGUGUUCAUGACUGGGAAAGCAAACAGCCAGGCUGGCUAGAGACAAUGAAAGUUCUUACUCACAUAACAGAUGAAGUACAGAAAGAUUUUCCAGGUUAGAGCUAGCUGUCAUUGUUGUUUUUGGUACUGUCACUUAGAAUGAUCGAUCCAUUUGGCACAAGGUCCAGUAAAGAGGUGUCCAUCUCAUGCAGGCUUCUUCAGAAAAUUUUUAGUACAGUGGAACCCCGUUAAUACGACCACUGUUGGGUCAUAAAAUCCUGGUCGCAAUAACAGGGCUUCUGAUAGGGUGCGGCAAAAAAUGGAAAAUUCUGCGGCAUUUUCAAGGGAAAUUAUGCGGCAAGAAAGGUCUAUUAUGCGGCAAAUUAUGCGAUUUUUUUAAAGCUGAUUUAACAUUGUUUUUUUAGGUCUCAGAGGAGGAAAACCAUAUUUUUGCUGUCCAACGGGCAAUUAGGUAUAAAAAAACAAGCUCAUCCAAAUUAAAUCAAUUGUUGCCUCAUUUUAAUCAUUUUAAUCUGAAAUGGCUCAUUUAGUCAAUUAAGUGUCACUUGAUUCCUCCUUAAUUAAAUAAUGUUACAAAUUUCAGUUUUACAUACUAGAUAGGCUGCUAAUUAAGGUAUGUCCAUAUGCUAUUUCAGAUGUCAGGCCUCGACAGACCAUACAACCUAUCAGAACAAAAAUAACUUGCUCUGUUUAUAUGACUAUCAAUAUUAAUUUGUUGCUGCUAUCUAGACCUUUUGGAACUUGAACAAAGUAGAAACAUUUCUGUUGGUUAUACAAACUUGAUACACUUGAUUCAAAUGAGAAGCUAUAGAUCACUCAAUGACAUCCCCACAAUACACGUUACCAUAACUAUAACAAAAAAGUGAAACCGAACAGUGGAUGCCUUUUGUGUAUCUAAUGCUAUUCUUGGGCAAAUGAUCAAUGGCUGGUUAACGAUAAACCAAUUUCGAAAUAACUUAAAAAGAUUUAGCCUCAGUGGGCUACACAGAAUUGACAUCAUAAUUUAUUUGAUUAAAAUCGGUCAAUGACAAUCGCUUCUAUUGAGAACUAGUACCAGGUCCCCAACGUGCAAAACUACGCAUAGAAUGCCUGUUUGAUCGAUCGACCGCUCACAAACUAUUUUGGUGAUUUCUAACGUCUUUUGAGAGGUAAAUCACCUUAAAACAACACUUAAAUUGUCGUAGAACUUAAGUAAGAAGCGAAUAUUUCCUUGCUCUUUCCUCAAAUUUUGCAAUUUUGCCUGAAUAAUGCGAUUUUUGACGAAUUAUUCGAAAAGUUGCGAUUUGAGGUCAAUUAUGCGAAAUCGCAACAGCGCAGAAUAUCAGAAGCCCUGCAAUAACGAGGUGGUCGCAUUAACGGGGUCUUCAAAAUAAUAAAAUGAGUCAAUGUUUUUUUCCGUUUGGUUUGAAAGAAUAUAGCCGUAAUAACGAGGUGGUCUUAUAAACGGGGUGGGCGUUAGGUGGGGUUCCACUGUACAGUGGAAACGUGCUCUACAGACACCCACCUAAUAGGGAAAUUAAAGUAGAGGAAGAAUAGAACUAAAAUGAAAUUCAUAGCAGUUUGAUAUUCCGUUCCGUCUCAUGUAUGAUGCAUGUCCCAGGCAACUUGAAAUCUUAGUGUCAGCCCUGCAUAAGGACCAGCUGGCUUGGUUAAGAGGUAUCUCAAUUAAAGUUGUGUUAUGUUUUCCUUGCAAUUGAAACUGUUGAUGUUUAUGAAUUUGCUUUGAAUUGGCUGUUAAUAGUUCAUUUUUCACAUAGAGGAUUUUAGCAGUACCUGUAGACAAGUUUUCCCAGUUUUAUUUGAACACUUUAAAUUGAUGGGCUGGCAUGUAAAUUCAUUUGUACAUUGGAAUGAACGUUAAAGCAUCAUUAAUGGAACGAUCAAAAUAAUUUAUUUUCAAACGGUGGCCGAACAUGAUGACUGGCCAAAGGAAUUUUAGCUUAGUCAAGCCUCAUUUUUGACCGGUCAAAAUAUUGGGCCAAAAAAAUGUUGUGUAAUUUUCUAUCAGUUGCAGUUUUACAAUUUAAAAGACAAAAUCUAAAGUUUACUGGGUUAGAAUAAGAGAGUGUGUCACCAGUUAACCCUAUAGGCCUCAAUAUCCACCCACAAAUUCUCCAAUCUGAUCUCCUUAUAUUUCCUUACAGAAUAAUUAGUUGAGAGAAUUUUUUCAAAGAUCAUUUGAAGCAUUUUAUUUAUAUUUCUCAUAAACUUUUCUUUUAAUUAUGUAUUGAUAUAUUUGUGAGGAGAAAAUUGAUGUUGACAUGACCGAUUAGUGAAGUUUUUGGCCUAUCAUGAUCAAGAUGCCAUUUUGGCCGCCCAUUGUCCAUUGACCGGCCGUUAUUUUGAGCCCUAAGUAAGGCACAAGUUUUAUAACCCCUUGCCUACGAGAGCCAAAUACACCCAGCAACCGGCAGCCAUUUCUCAACAACCUGAGUUUUUUUAUUCAAGACAACAAGAACGACCGAGAUGUUGGUAAUUUCAUUUGUAUAAAAUUAAUAUAUGUCCUUGGUGGGCAAGGAUGUAAAAGCUAGGUUAUUAUAUACGAAACUUAGGUUAACCUUAAUCUUCUUACUAACCCAGUUAUUGGGCUCAUUUCAACAGCCCUUUAGUGGGCCCUUGACAGUCAUACCAAACAUCAUUUCACAGGCCCAAGUCCUGUUGUUGUGAAGUUGCUUUGUGGAGCUGAUCUUUUAGAAUCAUUUGCCGUUCCAAAUUUGUGGAAAGAUGAAGAUGUAAGUCCUAGCAUUACUAAGUUGAAUUGUUUAACCCAGUCUAUAAAAGGAUUUAAUAACAUUAUUUAAUAUUAAUAUCCAGUUUUUUCCUUAUUUUGUUGCUUACCUCCGUUAUGCUUAUUGAAAAUAGUCAGGGCAUUAUAUGAAAGACUUUGUAAUUUUCAUACAUGAAGCUGUGUGCAAUUAUAAAUGGGGAUGUAUAAGGGAUAUAUGAGGGGGGUGGGGUUUGGCAAUGAGGAGACUGGAUUGCCAGCCUAAAAAUACAUUAGCAUCACAUUGAAUACAUGAAACAUCAAGCAACAGUGCAGUCAGGUCCUAAAAAGUAACCUUGUUUUCUAAAUGAAAAUAAUGCUGUGAAUGAUAAAACCAUUAAAUGCAUAACAGAAGCCCUCAGUAUCAAUAAAAUAGGAUGUACUGCAGGGUUGUCACUAAGAUUUCAAGUUGCCGGGUAAAUACAACAAGUAGGCGGGGAAUCAAAUGGCUAGGGAUUUCUUUUGGUUCUAUUUUUCUUCUAUUUUCCAAUAAAAGUAGCUGGGGGCCACUCUCUUAGUAGCCGGGGAAAAUCCCCGGUCCCCGGCUCUUAAUGACAACCCUGUACUGUAAGUGCUUGAAAUAGCACACAGGUUGUUUAACUAUUCGAUUUCCUGACUCGAGAAGGGUGAGCUAAUUUGAAGGGGCUGCCAUAAGUUCUAACUUUUUUUGAUUUUACCUAAUGUUUGUUGAUGAAGUCUUUUACUAUAACCUUCCUGCCAACAGAUUGAAAAAAUUGUGGGAAAACAUGGUCUUGUUGUGAUAUCACGGGCAGGAUCAAAUCCAGAGUCUUUCAUCUAUGAGUCAGAUGUUCUUACAAAGUUCAAAGUAAGCAACUUAAUUAAGUUGUACUAAGGACAGUUUUAACAGUUUUUUCACAUGCAUUAGAGGUAUGUAGAUGACUUUAUGCACUUGCUUCAGAGUCAUGGAGGAACAAAGCAUACUUGACAAGAGGCACAUUCUUUUACAUGGGAGUAUGAUUAUAUGAUCAUUUUAACAAGAAUCUGUUUUUACUAUUUUACUGAUCCACAGAAUAACAUUCAUAUUGUCACAGAGUGGAUAGCAAAUGAUGUUAGUGCUACAAAAAUAAGGUAGAAAGUUAAUGGUGUGUUGUUGUCAAAAAAAUACAUAUCGUAAUGAUUCCAUCUAUAUUAGCUGCAUCCUGGGAUGUUUUUACUUUGUUGCGGCAAGGGAUUAGAAGGCAUGUUAACUCGAAAACCAGGGGUUCAUGUCUUGUUUGAGAAACAACCAAAUGUGCAUUACAACACUGACAUUUAUUUUAAAAGUUAAACUACCAUAAAUCCUCUAAUAAGGCCCCUAGGGGCUUCUUUCACUCUGCAUCUACCGAAAUGCCUAUUGGAGUACCCCAAGGCAGUAUAUUGGGACCUUUAUUAUUUUUAGUUUACGUGAAUGAUCUUCCGGACUGUCACCUGGCAAGCGAUAUUAUUCUUUAUGCAGACGAUACUGUACUCUAUUACUCAUCCAAAAGCGUCAGCGAUCUUGAACAUCACAUCAAUGCUGACUUGGGGACAGUGUCUGAGUGGUUCUCUAGAAAUCUCCUGACACUAAAUAUAUCCAAAUGUAUUUUUGUUAUCUUUGGAAGUCCUCAGAAACUGAAUCGUAUUCAAGGCAUUUCGGUUAAAGUAGAGGGCACUAGCAUUGAAAGAACACAAUCAUUCAAAUACCUAGGCGUAACGCUUCAACAGUCUAUGUCCUGGGCAGAUCACGUCGAUGCUAUCAGCAUGAAGAUUAAUCAGAGAAUAGGCCUAAUUAGGAGAAUCAGGAAUCUAUUGCCGCUACAAGCUAGAGUUGCCUUGUACAAUGCCCUAAUCCUCCCUCUUUUUGAUUACGGAGACGUUAUAUGGGGGGACAAGAACAAUGACACCAUCAUGUCAGAAUUACAGAUUCUACAGAAUAAAGCUGCUAAAGUUAUGCUGGGGCAACCACCCCAAGCUCGUCAACUGAAGCACUGAAAAGUCAAGAUUUGAAGACACUGUCCACAAGAAGGUUUUUUUUCAUCGCUGCAUUGCAAUCCACAAGUGUCUUAUUGGAGAAACCGAUUUCAACUUUAAUUUUACUAAAAGUCAAGCUGUUCAUUCAUAUAAUACAAGACGCUCUAAUGAUAUUCGCUUACCCCUACCCAGAACAAACUGGGGUAAACAAACUUUUAUUUUUCACGCCGCGAAAGACUGGAACAGCCUUCCAAAUGAUUUAAAAGAGUGUAAUAUUUUAUCUAUUUUUAAAUCCAAGUUAAAAACUUUUUUAAAAGAUCUCAGCUAAUUUUAAACCUUGAUGUUUUUUUGUAUAAUCGAUUUUAAGAUUUUUAAUUUUUAAAUUUGUUUUACUUGUAAACAUAUUUUACUUUUUUCGUAAUUAUUAAUUAAUUAGUUAGAUUAAUGCAUGAGGGCCCCACUGAAAACCGCCUUGGCGAGUUGGGCUCCCUCUAUAAAUAUUAUUAUUAUUAUUAUUAUUAUUUUUGUUUCAAGCCCAUUUGAGGGGGGGGGGGAGGCUUAAUAGAGACGGUGGGCUUAUUUAAUUUAGACAUGAAGAUGGUAUCAGUUUUCCAUAAAGAACUAGAAUACAAAGUGGAAAAGCUCAAGUACAAGAAGUUUUAGGUCAUGCAGCUGAGGAUCAGAAUCAAAUCCAAACUUCCAGUAGGUAAAUAAACCAUCCCGGAUCAGUCCACACGAUGUUUCACUGUCCUGAUUGAUUAAUACAGUCUAUCAUUAAUUUAUUACUGAAAAAUAAUUAGGGGUGGGGAAGUGGGGCUUAAUAGAGAGGGGGGCGUAUUAACUUUCUUCCUCUGAAAGGGGGGGCUUUUUAGAGAGUGAGGGGGCUUAUUUGAGAGGGGGGCUUAAUAGAAGAUUUAUGGUGACAAAUUACUGUGAAUAAAUUAUUCACUUAAUAAUGGUAGAGAAUUUUUGAAACUCACUAGUCUAUUCAACAUCGAUAGCUUCAGUCAACGGUCACUUUCAUCAAUAAGCUUCUUCUAAGUCUAAUUCAGUAAGACAAAGGGAUCUUUCCUGGAGAUCAUUGUUGCCUGAUUUGCUUAUGGCUUGAUAUUCUACUUGAUCUCAAUGUAAUAUUGUCUUCAUUUCCUUUUUGUCAGGAGGUCUUUAAGAAGAGGUGAAAGUGUGAAAUAUCUGAUCCCAGAUGAAGUGAUUAACUACAUUAAAGCAAAUAACCUGUACCCUUCUACAAAGUAAACCAUUUGCAUUGCAAAAAUGACUUUCCAGUAAAGUAGUUUAAAUGUUCCAAAUUGUCACAAUGAAAUAUUUAUUUAGUAGUUAGGUGCUAAAGAAAGUUAUGAUCCCAAAUGAUGAUUGUUUAUUUUAUUUACGUAACACCACAGGAUAUCAUCCUUAGACUGGAUAGUACUUCACUACCGAUCAACAACGAUCUUAUUUGCAUGACCAUACAAGCACAUACCGUAUUGCAAAAGCUAUUUUUAGGAAUCAAAAUUACAACACAGAGCAAUUACAUUACUUUGAUAAUAAUUUGUCACGAACAUCAAAACAAGCUGAAAUGUAUUUUAUGAAUUGAAUAUUGAUAAAGUCAGUUGGUAAAGUCAUCAGUUCAUUGAUCAAACCGUUUUUGGUAACUGUGUAAUAUUUGGAAUCAGAGUCUUGAAUUUAUAGUAAAAUUCAUUUCUUAUGAUGAUCAUAGAGUAUGUAGGACAUUGAUGUCUUCCAUUACAUUGCAUCCACAAAAAGGGCAAUGCCUAUUACCCUUCGUAGUAAUACUAAAUAGAAGUGAAAUCCUUUUGUCAUUUAGAAGAUUUGAAGUUCCAUUUCGAAGAAACUAAUGCAUUACAGAUCCCCAUCCUUCGGACAUUUGUCCAAACUUUCAAAUAUCGAAAAAAAAAAAAAAGAGUAAAGGUACU